AUGAUUUGAAUGGCUAUAAUUAUGACAAUUUGAGCGAUCAUUUGGAAAAUUUGAAUUAUCAUAAUUUAAAUGAUUACAACACAAGCGAUCAUAAUUUAGAUGAUUUGAAUGGCUAUAAUUAUGACAAUUUGAGCGAUCAUUUGGAAAAUUUGAAUUACAACACAAGCGAUCAUAAUUUAGAUGAUUUGAAUGGCUAUAAUUAUGACAAUUUGAGCGAUCAUAAUUUGGAAAAUUUGGAUUAUUAUAAUUCAAAUGUUUACAACACAAGCGAUCAUAAUUUAGAUGAUUUGAAUGGCUAUAAUUAUGACAAUUUGAGCGAUUCAAAUGAUUACAACACAAGUGACCACAAUUUGAAUAAUGACCAUUACAUUAUAAAUGGUUAUUGUCAAACAACCAAUGUUAGUAUGGAGGGCAGGAUUGAUUCCGGUACAUAUUGUGAACCAGGAGGUCUUGUAGCACAGAUAGAACAAUAA